AACAGCUCUUUAGCGCGUUCGCGGUGUUUAUUUUUGUUAUGACCCUGACGCCGCGCCACCGACGUUAUCAGCGUUGUACCUCUCAAACGGUUUUCGUCGUUUUUCCGCUGAUAAUUGUCACAGACCGCAGUGACAUUCUGUAAACGCUACGCGCCGCAUAUCGCGGCUCUCCGAAGUGUCGUAGCCCGUAGGCGACCGUGCUGGUGUCGCACAGUCGCAGUCGCAUUUGUCGCAAUCGGUUCGCCGUCUGCGCGAUCUGAGGCCACAUACGACCUGACGUGUCGCACUUGUCUGCGGUUUUCGCGUGAACGUCAGUCUGGAGAGGAUCACACCGGUCGGCGAGAACACGUCUACUUUAUGCCGUUGUUAAUACAUCCGGUUUGUCGCUCAGCACAAAUAUUAUAGAUUAUAACUAUGGAUAACACUUGCACAUAUUGUCAGGAUGUCAUAGACAGUUUAACUGUAAUAUGCUUGGAAUGUUCAUACUUUCAAUUAUGUUUGGCCUGUUAUAGUCAUGGAGCAGAAAUUGGAGAUCAUAAAAAUAACCAUGGAUACAAGUUAAAAGGUCAAAAAUCACCUGGGCAGUAUUUAGUUACAAUGGACGGAUGGACUGGUGAUGAACUCAUGCAAAUUUUAGACUUUGCUGAGCAAUAUUCUUUUGGAUGUUGGGAUGAGUUACCAAAAAACAUAUUAAAUCGAACUCCGUCAGAAAUCAAAUUUCAAUUUGCUAAAUAUUUCUUGGAUGGUACGAUUGGAAGGCUAACAUGGGGUACAAUAAAGAAACCACAGUUAGAAGAUCGUACAGUGAAUUUCAAACUAAAUGAAAGUGUUACUCAUUUAUCUGGAUUAUCUAAAGCUCAGUAUGCUGAAAUUGGGUACAAUCCUAUAAGAGACGAAUUUGAGUUGGAGAAUGAUUUUGACAAUAAUGCAGAGGCAGUUUUAAGUAUUACAUCAGAAUGGAAUGAUUUUGGAGAUGAUUAUAAUCUUGCGUGUAUCGAUAUGUAUUGUGCACGGUUAUAUGAACGUGAAUAUGCCAAAGAAGUUGUUCACGAUUAUCAAUUGAUGGAUAAAUAUUUUUUCUCUAAAGAUAAACCCAAGCGUAGACUAACACCAGAAGAAAGAAGUAUAAUAAGCAUUGAAAAUCAAAUAAAAAAAUUUAGCCGAUAUUUAACAGAAGUUGAAUUGUGGUCAUUAAAUAUACGGCUGCAACAAGAAUAUCUGCUAAAAAAACGGCGUGAAGAACUUAUCUAUUACAGAAAAAAUGGAAUUACAAAAUUAUAUGACAUUGUAAAAUUUAAUCUUUUACAUUAUAGCAUGGUCGUAGAUGAACAAUCUGAACAAUCAUCUUCUGAUGUUCUAACGCCAGCACCCAUCAAACGCGCUGAAAAGAAAAGGAAAAAACGAAAACGACCAAAAUUAUUCCAUAAGAAAAAUCAUGUUUAUCAUCGUACACCUCAAUAUAUUGCUGCUCUCAAUAGAGUAUUGACUCAAAAUAAUGAAACUGAAGAUAAUUCUGAUUAAUAUUAAGGUUCUAAGUUACCUACUAGUAAUAAAGUAAUAACAAUAAUAGUAUGUGAAUAAAAAUUGAAAGAAAGAUAUCUUUAAAAUUGUGUUCAAUAAUUAUUAAUUAAUUAAUUAAUUAAUAUGACUGAUAAAAGUUAUAAAACUUCAAGUAUGAUUACAUUCUGAUUAUACAUUAAAAAUAUAUAAUAUGUUGUAUAUAAAUAAAUAUAACAAAAGAUAAUUUUAACUUUUUGCAUAUUAAAAAAAUAUAUUUGUUGAAUUUUAGUAAAUGACAGUAUUAUUUAAACUCAAAUUACAAUAUAUUUUUGAAUUUGGUUUCUUUUGAUAAAUUAUUUAUAUUAUACAAAAUCACUAUUUUUUUUUUCUAACGUACUAAUUGCAAUAACCCUAAAUAUGUUGAUAUUGUAUGUAAGUGCAAAGUAUACUUAAGUAUAAAAUAUUUCAUUGAACGCAAACAUUUGUAUAAAUUUAAUUAAUUGUUCUUAUCGAUUAAGUAUUAAAAAUAAAUUUGGUUUAAAGUAAAGAUUUAUUAUAAUUUUAUUUAAAUUGUGCUGAAUGUAUUUGGUUUAAUUAUUACUCAAACUCCAAUUAUAUUUAAAGCUGUGUCUGUGAUGUAUUAUAUUAAUGAAUCGAUAAACAAAAUUAAAUUACAUUAGCCAUGUACUAUGUGUAUACUCUUCACUAUGAAUUGUUAUAAAAUGUAUAGUACUAUUGUAUAUAAUAUUAUUUAUAAUUUAUGGAAUAUUAAAAUAAACAUUCAUACCCAACAGAGAACAUAAUAUAACGUCAUAAAGUUUGUAUUUGACAAAGUAAUUUAUUUAAUUAUAAAUACCACAUAUUGUUUUAUUUAUUAUAAUUUGUCUAUAUUUUGUUUAUGUUUAUUCUAUCUUUACUUGCAAUAAUAAUUUUUUUCUUUCAUAAUCAAUAUAUAUUGUGUACCUAUAGUUAUAAUUAAGGCUCAGAUUUUUUAGCUAAAUAAAUGGUAA